UGUUGUCUGGUUGUCAAAUAAAAGUCAUAACCACGGUCACAACAUGCUCUGUCUUUGCUCUGUAUGGGCUAGAGUUACCUAUAUUAAGUAUUAGUAAAAAUUAUAUUAAAGAUAUAAAAAAAAAAAACAAAAGAUGCCACCGACAGAAAGUAGCUUAAAGGACUUGGACGAUAAAACUUCGGAGGCUGUUGUUAAAUUUGUUUCCGACGUCAGGAGUGGUAAAAUCCAAGGAUCUGAGAACAUAGCAGUCGCAACUGUUGAUCUGCUGGAAAAGAUCAUCAGUGAGUCGGAGUGUACGAAUGCACUGUCAUUAUGCAACUUGGUGCGUGCUGUGGGUCGAAACCUGGUGCAGGCUCUGCCCACCGAGCUGGCGGCCGGCAACAUGGUGAGGCGCGUCCUUAGGGCGAUACGAGACGAGCAGAGGGCACAAUCUAACCAGAGCGUUGAGGGCGCGGGCGAGUCUCUACAGCGGCUGGUUCUGGCGGCGCCGUCCCGCCGCGCCACGCUGGGCCCCGCGGCCCGGGACCUCAAGGAGCCCAUCAGGGAUCACAUCGCUGAGCUGCGCGCCGAGCUGGACGCCAGCACGGCGGCCAUCAGCUCGCAGGCACGCUCGCACGUGCACGCCGACGAGCUGCUGCUGACGUACGGCGCCAGCGCGCUGGUGGAGCGCUUCCUGCGCGCGGCCGGCACCCGGCGCUUCCGCCUGCUGCUGGCCGAGGGGCCCGGCGUGGCCGAGAGCCACGCGAUGGCAGCUCGGCUGGCCAACGCGGGCAUCAGCGUGGCGCUGGUGAGCGGGGCCGCGGUGGGCGCGCUCAUGCCCAGGGUCAACAAGGUGGUGCUGGGCGCGGCGGCCGCGCUGGCGGGGGGCGCGGCGCUGGCCACCGCCGGCGCGCUGGCCGUCACCGCCGCCGCCGCGCACCACGCCGUCUCCGUGGUGGUGCUGUCCCCGCUGUGGUCGCUGUCGGCGCAGCACCCGCGCGGCGGCCAGCUGUUCGAGGCUCUGGCUCCUGCCUGCAGCGCGCUGCCCUACCGAGGCCUGGAGAGCGCGCUGGUGCGUGUGGAGGCGCCGCUGUACGACGUGGUGCCGCCGGACCACAUCACGCUCUUCAUCACCAACCUCGGUGGCAGCUCCCCGUCCUACAUCUACCGGCUGCUGUCCGAGCUGUACGACCCCAACGACCACCAGCUCUGAACGUGCUCCACGACCAGCUCUGAACGUCUCUGACAAUAAAGUGUUCAUA